AUGACAGCGGAUAUAACAAAGCCUCUACUGGGGAAGAAUGGCAACAAGCCCACGGAAGUUGGAUCCACUGUGACGGCUACGGUCAUCAACCUGUUGAAGAACAUGGUCGGUGCCGGCCUUCUGAAUGUCUGUGUGGCCUUCCAGUACGCCUCCGUCCUUGGAGGGCUGCUGAUCAUGCUCUUCUCCUCCUUCGUAUGUACCGGAGGAUUUUUGCUGAUCGGGUAUUGCUGCUCCAAGACUCAAGCAAAGACCUUCCGUGAGCUUUGGCGGUCUGCAAUGGGCCAGAACACCGAAAAGACGGUCGAUGUGGUUUUGUUCUUCCAUACUCUCUUCAGCUGUGUAGGGUAUGUGACCAUGAUCGGGGACUUCUGCAUAAAGAGCGCAUCUGGAUUGAUGCCGGAUUCGAUUUUUGCGCGACGUCGAGAAUCCUCCAUUCUCGUUAUCAGUCUCUUUGGCAUUUUCCCGCUUUGCUUGUACAAGAACUUGGAGCCGCUCAAGUACACCUCAGUCGUUGGGUUGUUCAUUACGGCGAUCUCCUGCGCCUACAUUUUCUAUGAUGUUGUGGCCAACGCCGAGGAGUAUCAUGCGGCAGAGACUCUUCAAGACCACAUGUGGUAUGUCAAGCUGGACAUGUUCAAGACACUGGCCUUGUUCAACGGAUCAUUCUCAGCGCAUUAUAACGCCCCGACCUACUAUGCCGAGUUGAAGGAAAGAACAUUCCUGAAUUACAUGAGGGUGAGCUUCUGGGCUUUUGGCAUUGCCACGCUGCUCUUCACUGCUUUCGGUCUCGCUGGCUUUGCUCGCUUUGGCGACGAGGUGCUUGGCAAUGUGCUCAAAAGUUACAGCCCGGACGAUCCGAUGAUCCAGAUUUCGUGGUUUUGUAUGAUGGUGUCCACCGUCUUCAACUUCCCGCAUGCGUUUCAGCGAAUGCGCUCGUCAUUCAAUGCACUGAUAAACAGGGGCCCGGAGGACAAUUUCCUCGUGACAACGAUUGUCCUUCUGGGGCUUUCAGUAUAUAUGGGCGUGGCUUUCAAGGACAUAGCCGUCAUCAAGAUGAUCAAAGGUGCCACGCUGGGUGUUUCCAUCAUGUUCAUAUUCCCGGCCCUCUUCUUCUUGCAGCUGAACCAGCCCAUCCAGAUGAAGCGAAAAUGCAGUGGUGAUGUAAACGACCCCAACAGCAAGUUUCGCAGAAGGAGAAGAGGUAACUGGUUGCGAGUCCUCUGCGUGAUCAUGAUGAUCACCGGUUUCGUGCAGGGGCUGCUUGCACUUCUUGUGCACUACAAGGUUAUUUGA